AUUCUCAGCAUCCAAGAAAACGAAAAAGUAAGAGAAAAAGAGAACAAGAGGGGGAGAGAGAGACGGAGCAAUUGUGCAUAAUAAAUCCAAGGAGCGGUGGGGUGGGGUGGUGAACGAUGGAGCAUCUCUCGGAGAAGAGGAAAGAGGAAACGGAAGAGAAUUCCUUAGCAGGGGAGGGAGAGGAGGAGCUUCAACUCUCCAUCCAAGGCAUCAACAACAGCAAUACUAGGAACGCGGCGCCUGGGCCGAUGUCGGGCCACUCUGCGGCGGCCCCUUCGCAGCUCACAAUCUUCUACAAUGGGGCUGUGAGCGUGUACGAUGCCAUCCCGCAGGAGAAGGCCCAGGCAAUCAUGCUCAUUGCAGCUGCGACUGCAGCCGCUGCCGCUGCGACCAAGACAAAUAAUAAUGCCGCGGCUGCGGCCAAGCCGCAGGCUAUGGUGGGGGUCAAUGCUGCCGCUCCAGUGGCUGCCUCACCAGCGCUCACGAGGUCUCUGUCGCUGCAGAGCUCCUCUGCCGCAACGGCGCAGCCUCAGAUUUCAGCUCCCCCUAAUAGUUCGCUCUGCAAGCUCCAGGCUGAGCUCCCAAUUGCAAGGAGGCACUCGCUUCAGCGCUUUUUGGAGAAGCGCCGAGAUAGCAGGUUGGUGAGCAAAGCCCCAUAUGCUUCAGCAAAAUCACCAGACGUUGGGGAAUUGGCCAUGGAAGGAAAGCCUCAGCUCACUUAGGUCUAUUUGCUCGUUUCCUCAGCUGCGCAGAGACUGAUGGUUGUUAUGUAGUAAACUAUGUUACUGUAAGGACCUUGAUUAGUAGCUGAACCUGUUUGUGACCUUCUAAAUUUUAUGCUCUUUGAUGCUCUCAAUGUAAUACAUGCUGUAUCAUCGUAUGCAGUGCUAGUGUUUAAUUUGUAUGACUUAACGAUUGUAUGUCUCUAAUGAAUGUUUUGUUGUUUCUUAUUCAUGACUA